AACAUCAAGUUUUCGGUCGCUGGGUUCAAAACGAGGCAAUGGAUGCUGGUUGGAAAAAUGCAGAAAAGAGGGGCGACGAAGUGCCGGCUGACAGUGACGACGGCUUUAAAUGUGAAGAGGUUUCUGUAGAAGACGAAUGUAGUUUAAGGGAAGGAGAAGAAGACUUGGAAGCAACGGUGAAAGCCAUAUGGGACCGGGCAGAAGGCAGUGCAAGGCCCAGGGCAGCAAACAGCACAUCCAAGCCACCAGCCCUGGUUGACUUUUUAAGCAACUUUCUCUUCCAAAUGGGCAUGACAGAAACGCUCGAUUGUUUCCAGACUGAGUGGAGCGAGAUGAUGCAGAAAGGACUGUUGGACGCAGAUGCUCUCAGAGUGACACCAGACGUGUAUAUUGAAAACCAGCGUCUGGAAAACGAGCUGAGAACCGCUCGGAGGGAGAUGGAGGAGUACAGGUGUGCAGCCUCUGCAGCAGCCGGGACUCUGGGAAGAGUGCAGAAAACCAGAGACUUCCACCGGAUGCAACAUAAGCAGGUUGUCCAGGAGAGAAACAGGCUCAUCGAGGAGUUGAGAAAAGUCAAGGCGCAGUGCAACAGCUACGAACCCGCACUUAAGCGGAUGAAUGAGAAAUACCAAGCUGUUUUAAAGCAGGUAAUGCUGGCGGCUUCGGAGAGGGACCAAGCCCACCACGACACCCUCUGUGAGGGGGGACAGCUGGGUGUCGGAGAGACAGCCCCUCCAGUCAUACAGCCGAGACCUCCAGCUUCUCAAUAGAUGCCCUCAAAGCUGUCUCCGUGGUGAAGGUGAGGUUCAGCAUGUGUUUUCUUCCCCUAGAAGAAGAAAAUAUAAAAAUAAAGCCAACUUAAU